UAAUUAUAAUUAUUUUGAAUUUAUAUGACAACCAAUAUUUAAGUCAUUUGUCGUUUCAGACCGUCCAUUCCUGGGUAACUUGAAAGCCAGAUUUAUUUUGCUGAUGACAAGAGUGUUCUGAUAGAAAAUCAAUAAUUCAACUUCGAUCAUAUCUUUCACCCUGGAAAAUAAAUCGAAGUAUUUAAGGUUGCUGCAGAACCCGUAAUCAAAGGUGUGUUGGAGGGAUUCAACGGCACUGUAGUGGCUUAUGGCUAAACAGGAUCUGGAAAGACACAUACGAUGGAAGGCUCAUUUGGUGAGGAUCAGGGAAUCAUAAAAAGAAUGGUUAAUACAGUGUUUGAUUUUAUUGAGGCCAGUCCUGACUAUAUUGAAUACCGAAUCAAAAUUUCAGUGGCUGAAUUGUAUAUGGAAAAAGUCAGAGAUUUGUAGAACAUCAAGAAGAGUGAUUUAAAAAUAAGGGAGGACAAGAAUCAUUCCACAUAUAUCGAUGGAGUAACUGAGACCUCUAUUGCUGACUAAUCUGAAAUCUAUGAAAUUCUGAAGAUGUGCAAUUCCAAUAGGAUGAUAGCCAGUACUAAUAUGAACGAAUAAUCUUCUCGUUCCCAUAUGAUAUUUUUAAUGUCAGUUUAAUCAAUUGAUUAAAGAGAUCAGUCGGCAAAAGUUGGUAAACUAUUUUUGGUUGAUUUGGCGGGAAGUGAGAAAGUGUCGAAAACAGGAGCUGAAGGCAAAAUCUUGGAUGAAGCCAAAGGCAUUAAUAAAUCAUUAUCCGCUUUGGGACAAGUCAUCAACGCAUUGACCGAUGGCAGUCAACAUGUUCCUUAUAGAGAUUCUAAAUUAACCAGAAUUCUGUAAUGUUCUUUUGGUGGCAACAGUAGAACCACACUCAUCAUCACUUGUUCUCCUGCUCAAUUCAAUUUAUAGGAGACUCUGUCUACGUUGAGAUUCGGGGUUCGUGCUAAAGCCAUUAAGAACAAACCCAAAAUCAAUAAGGAACACACUAUCGAAGAGCUCAAGAUUAUUGUUCAGGAGAAAGAGAAGGAGAUCUUGUUAUUACAGGAACAAUUAUCGCAGUAUAAGAAGGGGAUGUUCAUUAGUGAUGAAGACAAGGAGAUGAUUAAGGACAUCUAAGAGGAUAUUCUCCUUGAAUAACCAAAUAAUAGUGAAUAAUUAUUCAAUAUGCAAUAAAUGAUCACAAAAUACGAAUAAGAAAUCGAAAUUUACAAAUAGUAGGAGUUCACUUUCGAACAAAGAGAAUUCGAAUUCCUGAAUAAGAUUAGAUCAAAGGAGGACGAAAUGCAAGAAAGUUUUAAUAUUAUCCUAAUCUAUUAUUUUAGAGAUGCAAGAUUUUCAAACGCAGUUUGCUAAACAGGAAAGUGAAUUUAAAAUAAAAUAAACUCAUUUGUAUAGACUCUUAUCUUAAAAAUUGGGAUGGAUGGGAGAUGACUCUUAUAUUGAUGACGAACAAAUAUUAGUUUUAAUUGAGAACUAUGCUAAAGAGAAGGUCACUUCUAAAUUGAAAUAAAUCACCUAUUUGUAUAAGAAACAUCAUAAGGAUGUCUUGAAUGAGUAGAUUAUGACCUAUUUGACAGAAGACAAGAAGGAAUUCAACAUUCACAGUAAUUUUAGUAAUAAGAAUAAUAGAUGAUCAAUUGGCUGAAUUACAUAGUCAAGUGGCUUAAUUGAAAAAGUAGAAUCUAGAAUUGCAAACCGAUUCUAGCACUUAAUCAUAGUUAUUAGAGACAUUAGAUAAAACUUAGCAAUUAUUGAAUGCUGAAAAGGCCAGAUGCUAAAAGUUAGAGUAUACCUUAAAUAAAAGUAAGUUAUACGUUGUUAUGAAUUUCAGAUAAUAAAAUUUACAAUGAAAAAUGCAAGGAGUUGAAUAAUAACAUUGAAAAAAUGCUAUCAGGAGUUCAUUAAGUGAUUAAUGAGAAGUAGAAAUAUUCUAGGGAAUGUCAAAAAUUAAAAAAGAUUUGUGAUGAAAAGAAUCUAAAAAUGCUGGUACUAUUCUAUAAUCAUUUUGUGUAGAAAUUAUAGGAUGAAAUUAAUAGGCUUGGUGUAGAAAAUCAAAAGCUAUUCGUCAAAUACGAUUAAUUAAAGGAAUUGUAAAAAUUAGAGAAGAGUGCAUAUCUUGACACCUCAGAAGUGAACUCAUCUUUUCGAUAAAAUAAGAAAAUUCACAAAUGUCUAAAAGGAGGCACUAAAAAUUAGAUUACAGAAUAAGUUAUAAAUAAGGAAAACCUAUCUGAUGAAGAAUCAUGAAAUAUUAAAUUUAUC